UCUCCAAAAAAUGAUAAAUAAACUUAAAGUUAUACUCACUGGUACGAGUAACGGCCACCCAUCUAAAAUAAUUUGCAGAUGCCAAGACUGCUUCAAGCUGAUUUGUCAGAUAAUCGAGUCAUAUUUCAAAGCCUGUGACAAUACGCCAGCAAUAAGGGAUUUUGAUCUUUCAAAUAGGAACUUAAGCGAUAAUCCACAGGAUGAUCUCUCAUGGAUACGUGAGGCUAUCACAAUCCUGACGAAGAAUGGUACUAAAUCAAUAACAGCCAAAAAUUCAUUUGAGAUUCUCCAAGAGCUUUACAUGAAUGCAACUAAGAGCGUGGAAAAUGGGGAAGGCGGAAAGCUGAUAGCCCCACAAGAGGUAAGCAAUCAAAUUGCUGAAGUGGGCAGGAAGAUGGAAAGGGACAUGCACUGUUCUUCUGAAGGACAUGCCCAAGUCCAACCCUCGGAACAGCUUCCACCCCUUGUCGAUGCUGGUGGUGCACAAACAGAGGAUGGUACUAGAAAUGAAGUCCCAUCAAGUCCAAACUCUUUGUUUCCUAACUUUCCUUCCAUUCCAGAAAAUCUUUCGGUCUGGCCCAACCUAGUCCUUCCUAAUUUAUCUUUCCAUGGAACUUAUUCUUCUUCAAACAAUACAACCGGAGCAACUUCUCUGUUUCCUAACUUUCCUUCCAUUCCAGAAAAUCUUUCGGUCUGGCCCAACCUAGACCUUCCUAAUUUACCUUUCCAUGGAACUUAUUCUUCUUCACACAAUACAACCGGAGCAACUUCUCCUGAUCAAGAACAGAUCCUAGAUGAUUUCUUCCGUACUCACCCCACUGUCGAAGUUCACAUCAAGGGUUUACCUGAGAGUUUACAGCAAACCCUUUUUGAACGCAUGGCCACCUUGCUAUACCACCUGAAGUUUGUUAGGGCGAGGGACUUUGAUGAAGCAGCAAGGGCUCAAGUUCAAGAGGCCUGGAAUGACCUGACUGGUGCCGGGUGCGAACUUCAGGAUUUGGAGCCUGCGGUGAAUCAAGCUCUUACUGCAGAGGCGACAAGAAGGAAGAGGGAGGAACUUACAGCGACCAUCCAAGCCUGCCGAGAUCAGCUGGACACCCUCCCACUCCAGAACCCCGAUGACCCGUUUCUUCCGCUUUAAAGAAAAACUACCAUAGAUCAUUUGCAAAAGACUAAAGUGACACAUAUCAGAGAUCAUGAGCAUGGCACAUGACUUGUUUGGAGGUUCAAGCCUUUUGGUACUUGCGUUUAAAAACUGAAAAUUGUUGUUUAAUAUUUUUUGUAGAAACAU